AUGUUAGAAAACAAGCACACGAUGCUGGCAAACAGAAACACUCGGCGGCUGUCACUCGACAUGGUGCAGAGAUCAGGAGAGAGAAUCAAGGAGAGAGGGAUAUUCAAGUACAUGGAUUUAAGGUUUCCGGCAACGGCGGCGGCGGCGGUCAACGAAGUCAACUCCGUGGCGUGCGAGUGCUGCGGGCUGCUGGAGGAGUGCACGGCGGCCUACAUCCGGGAGACGCGGGCCCGGUUCUAUGGGAAGUGGGUGUGCGGGCUGUGUGCGGAGGCGGUGAAGGAGGAGUCGAAGAAGAUGCACGGAGGGGUGCGCGGCGUGGUGAGGGAAGAAGCUCUGCGUGCGCACAUGAAGGUGUGUAGAGCGUUCAACACCACCAUUCGGGUCAACCCGGCUAUGGCACUCGCGUAUUCGAUGACUCAGAUUCUUAAGACGAAGACGAUGAAGCACGGCUUAGUUGCAUGA